AUGAACUAUCAUUGGAAAGAUAACUCCUGCUCUUCCCAAUUUGAUUUUCCAGGUAAACAAAUUCUGGAUCAGAAGUUGGACUUUAGUAAUGUCCAGUCUAAAUGUGGCUCCAAAGACAAUGUCAAACAUGUACCUGGAGGUGGCAAUGUUCAAAUUCUUGAUCAGAAGUUGGACUUAACUACUGUGCAGUCUAGGUGUGGUUCCAAAGAUAAUAUCAAACAUGUACCCGGAGGUGGAAAAGUGCAAAUCCUCCACAAAAAGAUUGACCUGACCAAUGUGCAGUCAAAGUGUGGAUCGAAAGUCAACAUUCGCCACAAACCAGGCGGAGGAAACAUUGAGAUCAGGUCUGAGAAGCUUGAAUUCAGGGCUCAGUCAAAGGUGGGAUCUAUGGACAACAUUAAACACACACCUGGAGGAGGCAACAGGAGGAUUGAGUCGCAAAAACUGAUGUUCCGUGAGCAGGCCAAAGCACGAACCGACCAUGGCGCAGAAAUCGUGUCUCUAGAGGAGUCACCACAUGGCCUGAGCACCGUCUCGUCUUCUGGCAGCAUCAACAUGGCAGACCCGCUCUCCUCUUCUGGCAGCAUCAACAUGGCAGGCCCGCCACAGCUUUCCACCCUCGCUGACCAGGUGUCUGCAUCGCUGGCCCAGCAGGGCUUGUGAUUGGACCAUACCGCCACCAAACCACGCCCCCAAACCCCGCCCCCUCCCAUCCACGUACCUGAUGGUAUUCUAACCUCUCUCUGAAAGUCAUUUUGUGGCCCAGAAAACAACGCCAAGUAACUUUUAGCAGUCACUGUUUGACUUUGUAAUACUUGAUAUUAUGUAUGAAUUUGCCUGUUCACUCGCCCUUCGCUUUAAGGCAGUGCCCACUGUGGGAAUUUAACAAUUGGAAAUUUCCUCCAACUGCCCUCCCUUGACUAUAUUUAGUAGCACAAAAUUACUUUCAUGUAUUUGUAUGGCUUUUAUUGACCAUUAUAUAUUUCCUUAUGCAUACCAUUUUUUGGUUACCACUGGACUGAGGACAGUUCAUACCGAACCCAUUUUCACUUUCAAAGAGGAUUGUUCUCAUUUUUAAAUCAGGUUCAAUUUAGAUUGAGAUUAUGAAUGAGAUGCUUAGCCGUGCUUAAAAUUAAAAUUAGAGCAUGGUAUCUUGACUUUGAGAAAGAAAGAAACUUAAAGCCCCACAGUUCACGUUUGAAAUGAUUUGCAAGGCUUAUGUGAAGAAAGACAGGUGCAUAACAGCUUUGUGCAGAAAGGUGAAAGCCGUUUAGUUCUUUUCAAUCUCACGUAUGUACUGUCGAUCAGAGAUUACACUCCACGUCUAAAACGACCAUGACAUUCAGAGUGCUUCAUAAGGAAACGUUCCUUACAGUAUUAUUCUGUGGAUGAAUAUGGGAUGUUUGUGAUAUGAAAACACUUUUUUUGUGUGCCUACUGGCAGUCUUAAAAUGUUGAUUUGAAUUAUGUCAGUGCUUCAUUGAAAAUGCCUCUCCUUUUUUGUUUGCUUGUUCUUUAAAUUGACAAUUAACAGAGCAUUGAAGUUGCAUUUU